AUGCCUGUCGUCCAAGAAGCCACCGUGACGCCACAAGGCGCCAUGCCCCGCCUGGGGGCCAUCAAGGAGAAGCAGGGGAUGUCAGAUCUUCACACCGCUGUCCACCCAAAGCUCGACAUCAUUGACAUUCGCCGUGCCGCGGUCGAGCUCAACCUCAAGACCGAGGUGCUGUCCUCGUUUCACAAAGAGGAUGGGCCCAGGAAGCUCCCCACCCUCCUACUCUACGAUGAGAGGGGCCUGCAGUUGUUUGAGAAAAUCACAUACCUGGACGAGUACUACCUGACCAAUGACGAGAUCGAGGUGCUCACGUCGGAUGCCGCCGACAUUGUCAAGGGUAUCCCGUCAGGGGCUAUGAUCAUUGAGCUCGGCAGCGGCAACCUCCGGAAAGUGAACCUGCUUCUGCAGGCACUCGAAGACGCAGCCAAGAAUAUCGACUACUACGCAUUGGACCUCUCCCAGCAAGAACUUGAACGUACCCUUGCCCAGCUACCCUCCUACAAGCACGUCCGCGCCCACGGACUGCUCGGGACCUACGAUGACGGCCAAGCUUGGCUCAAGAACCCGGCCAUUGCCUCGCGCCAAAAGUGCAUCAUGAGCCUCGGAUCCAGUGUUGGCAACUUUGACCGGGGCGAUGCCGCCGCCUUUCUCAAGGGCUUUGCCGAUGUCCUUGGCCCCGGCGACACCAUGCUCAUUGGCAUGGAUGCUUGUGACGACCCGGCUAGGGUGUAG